AUGAAGUGGUGCGGCACCGCCACCAACUAUGACGGAGAACAGCGAUUCGGCUUCUGCCCCAUGGCUGGUGAGUUCUGUUGCCCCAUUCUGAGUUCUGUUGCCUCAUUGCUUCUUCCCCAUGGCUGGUGAGUUCUGUUGCCUCAUUGCCAAAAUGUUCUCUCACUCCAUAAAAUUGAUCUAAAGCCACAGACACAUACACGCGACGAUCGUCCGAAAGCAGCCAGUGGCCGUCCCAUAAUCUUUAGGUCCAUACUGGCACCAGCUGUGAAUGGGUGAUCACACACUGGCACCAACUGUGAAUGGGUGAUCACCUACUGGCACCAGAUGUGAAUGGGUGAUCACCUACUGGCACCAACUGUGAAUGGCUGAUCACACACUGGCACCAACUGUAAAUGGGUGAUCACCUACUGGCACCAGAUGUGAAUGGGUGAUCACCUACUGGCACCAGAUGUGAAUGGGUGAUCACCUACUGGCACCAGAUGUGAAUGGGUGACCACCUACUGGCACCAACUGUGAAUGGCUGAUCACACACUGGCACCAACUGUAAAUGGGUGAUCACCUACUGGCACCAACUGUGAAUGGGUGAUCACCUACUGGCACCAACUGUGAAUGUGUGAUCACACACUGGCACCAACUGUGAAUGGCUGAUCACACACUCACUGCAUGAGAGCCACCAUCAAGUGGAGGUAUUGGAAGAUGAUGAGACUCGUGGUGUUCUGUCACUGAACUUAAGGUGGAGUGGUGGGAACCAUCGGGGUCGCUAAGUGUCAGUGUUAAAAUGCCAUCUGUUGGCUUGUAACACAAAAGGGUUAAAGACUGCCUUUUAAUCAAACGCAUGUUUUGAAAUGCUAAUGAUAUGUCUGAGGCCAUUGGAGUAUUGUGGGAUCUCAACUCUGCUUCUCUGCUCUCCCUCUUUAUCAUGGCUUCAAUCUGUCUUCGAUUUGUUCUUUUGGAUUUUUACACAAUCAGUCAAACUUAUUUUUGGCCAAAUGAGUCAGUGGUAAAUUCGCACGCCUGUUGAAAGUAUUGACCUGUUAUUGGGCUAUAAGUAGGGUCUUUAAGUCAUUAGGUAAAUGGGUAAAUUACCAUGAGAAAGAUGGGGCACUGAUUGGCCAUAAGGUAUUAAUGGUGAUGGUGAUCACCCUGGCUGACCUAGUGGAGACCCAGAUCCUUGACUCCCAGAGCUAGGACCCAAAGCCCAGGGAGUCUGUCCCAGAGCCCAGAUCCUUGACUCCCAGCGCUAGGACCCAAAGCCCAGGGAGUCUGUCCCAGGGGCCAUGGUCUCUCUUCCUGGCUGGCAGAGAACAGAGAGAGACUCCCUGGCUGUCUGCUGGUCUCCAGGACAGCUGCAGUCAUCAGAGCAUCAGUCAACCCCCUCCACAGAUCUCUAUCUAUCUCUGCACUGUCCUCUCUUCUCCCUCUUUCUAUCUCACCACAUAUAAACCAAUCAUCUCCUUUUAAUUAGGAGGACAUCCCCUAGGCCCAUAUGUCUAAAGCCUGCAGAGGACGUAGUCCUACACAUGUUAUGAACAUCUGUUUAUGUUGUUCAGCCUUGAAAAGUUCCAUUUUACUGACGGCUCCAGCUGCACUGUUCUAUAUGUUCUAACAUUCUAAAAGUUCUAACAUUCUAAAAGUUCUAACAUUCUAAAAGUUCUAACAUUCUAUAUGUUCUAACAUUCUAUAUGUUCUAACAUUCUAAAAGUUCUAACAUUCUAAAAGUUCUAACAUUCUAAAAGUUCUAACAUUCUAUAUGUUCUAACAUCCUGAGUACUGUUCUGUCCUCUCAGCUCACGAGGAGGUGUGUACGACCAGCGAGGGCGUGAUGUACCGCGUGGGAGACCAGUGGGACAAACGCCACGACGUCCUGGGACACAUGAUGCGCUGCACCUGCGUUGGGAACGGCCGCGGAGAGUGGAGCUGUAUCGCUUAUUCCCAGCUCAAAGGUAAUGAGAACAUGGGAUUUUUAUAAUAUAUGCCAUUUUACUGCUUUUAUUUUUUACUUAUCUAUUUUUUACUUAACACUUAUUUCUCUUAAAACUGCAUUGUUGGUUAAGGGCUUGUAAGUAAGCAUUUCACUGUAAGGUCUACACCUGUUGUAUUCGGCGAAUGUGACAAAUAACAUUUGAUUUGAUUUAGCAGACGCUUUUAUCCAAAGCGACUUACAGUAAUGCGUGCAUACAUUUUACAUAUGGGUGGUCCCAGGAAUUGAACCCACUACCCUGGCGUUACAAGCGCCGUGCUCUACCAACUGAGCUACAAAGGACCACAUAGCACUUUUCUAAAAACCCAAAUACACUUGAAAGUAGGUGAGGUCAUACAUGCCACACAGAACAUGCCAGCGCUGUGGUGAUGUACAUCCGGACCUAAUGCUCUUCCUAGCCCUUCAACUUGACCCUUGACCCUAACACUUUGAUGUUCUCAGAUCCCAACAUGGUGGAAGCGGUAGUGAGAGAAUUGGAACCUGCUGUUUUUGACCUUGUAUGUGUUUUCCUUCCUGUCAUAGAUCAGUGUAUUGUGGACGGGUUGACCCAUGAGGUGAACCAGACCUUCACUAAGCUCCAUGAAGAGGGCUACAUGAUGAACUGCACCUGCUUCGGACAGGGCCGCGGGCGCUGGAAGUGUGACGCCAUUGGUGAGUUCAUAGUUCAUAGAAACCUAUUAUUUUUAUGGACCAAGAUGUUUGUUUUUGUGGCGAUAUUUACCGCUUGUGGUGUUGUACCUGACUACCCUGGUCCUAGAUUUGUUUGUGCUUCAUUUUGUGUGACCAUGGAAUUUGGCUAGACCCCACAAACAGAUCUAGGACCAGGGUAGUACUUUCAAUGUACUGAGUACACUUUGCUGAAUCAUGUGCAUAUGACAAUUACUGUCACGAUCGUCAUAAUGAGCGGACCAAGGCGCAGCGUGAUAUGAGUACAUACUUUAAUAGGUACUUUUAAUUACAACACAAAACAACAAAACGAUACGUGAAGUCCUCGGUCAAUAACACAAACCUACACGGAACAAGAUCCCACAAAAUGACAAGUGCACAAAAGGCUGCCUAAGUAUGGUUCCCAAUCAGAGACAACAAGCAACAGCUGAUUCACGUUGCCUCUGAUUGAGAACCACCCCGGCCAACAUAGAAACACAUAACCUAGAACAGAACAUAGGAAACGAAACAUAGACACUACACACCCUGGCUCAACAUAUAAGAGUCCCCAGAGCCAGGGCGUGACAAUUACACUUGAUUUGAUUACUUGGCUACUUGAACAUUUUGCAUGAUCAUUUCUGAUGAUAAUCUUGAAGUAAAAUCUUACCGUAUUUAACAUCUGUUCCCAGACCAAUGCCAGGAGCCGGAGACCAGAGUCUUCUAUCAGAUCGGCCAAUCGUGGGACAAGCUUAUCCACGGCAUCAUGUACAAGUGUUAUUGCUAUGGCAACAGUAUUGGAGAGCUCAGCUGCGAGCCCCAACAGUCUUUCCCAGGUAAGAACACCACACCAAUACUACCGGUGUUGGGGUACGUCCUCUCCCUGGUAUGGACGAAGUUCACUGGGCGUGGUCACAACUCUAUACUAGACUGUUGGAGGGUGUUCUGUGGGAUACGUAAGGACAGAACAGACUGUUGGAGGGUGUUCUGUGGGAUACGUAAGGACAGAACAGACUGUUGGAGGGUGUUCUGUGGGAUACGUACGGACAGAACAGACUGUUGGAGGGUGUUCUGUGGGAUACGUAAGGACAGACCAGACUGUUGGAGGGUGUUCUGUGGGAUACGUGAGGACAGAACAGACUGUUGGAGGGUGUUCUGUGGGAUACGUAAGGACAGACCAGACUGUUGGAGGGUGUUCUGUGGGAUACGUAAGGACAGAACAGACUGUUGGAGGGUGUUCUGUGGGAUACGUAAGGACAGACCAGACUGUUGGAGGGUGUUCUGUGGGAUACGUAAGGACAGAACAGACUGUUGGAGGGUGUUCUGUGGGAUACGUAAGGACAGAACAGACUGUUGGAGGGUGUUCUGUGGGAUACGUAAGGACAGACCAGACUGUUGGAGGGUGUUCUGUGGGAUACGUAAGGACAGAACCAGACUGUUGGAGGGUGUUCUGUGGGGUACGUAAGGACAGACCAGACUGUUGGAGGGUGUUCUGUGGGAUACGUAAGGACAGAACAGACUGUUGGAGGGUGUUCUGUGGGAUACGUAAGGACAGAACAGACUGUUGGAGGGUGUUCUGUGGGAUACGUAAGGACAGAACAGACUGUUGGAGGGUGUUCUGUGGGAUACGUAAGGACAGAACAGACUGUUGGAGGGUGUUCUGUGGGAUACGUAAGGACAGAACAGACUGUUGGAGGGUGUUCUGUGGGAUACGUAAGGACAGAACAGACUGUUGGAGGGUGUUCUGUGGGAUACGUACGGACAGAACAGACUGUUGGAGGGUGUUCUGUGGGAUACGUAAGGACAGAACAGACUGUUGGAGGGUGUUCUGUGGGAUACGUAAGGACAGAACAGACUGUUGGAGGGUGUUCUGUGGGAUACGUAAGGACAGAACAGACUGUUGGAGGGUGUUCUGUGGGAUACGUAAGGACAGACCAGACUGUUGGAGGGUGUUCUGUGGGAUACGUAAGGACAGAACAGACUGUUGGAGGGUGUUCUGUGGGAUACGUAAGGACAGAACAGACUGUUGGAGGGUGUUCUGUGGGAUACGUAAGGACAGAACAGACUGUUGGAGGGUGUUCUGUGGGAUACGUAAGGUCAGAACAGACUGUUGGAGGGUGUUCUGUGGGAUACGUAAGGACAGAACAGACUGUUGGAGGGUGUUCUGUGGGAUACGUGAGGACAGAACAGACUGUUGGAGGGUGUUCUGUGGGAUACGUAAGGACAGAACAGACUGUUGGAGGGUGUUCUGUGGGAUACGUAAGGACAGAACAGACUGUUGGAGGGUGUUCUGUGGGAUACGUAAGGACAGAACAGACUGUUGGAGGGUGUUCUGUGGGAUACGUGAGGACAGAACAGACUGUUGGAGGGUGUUCUGUGGGAUACGUAAGGACAGAACAGACUGUUGGAGGGUGUUCUGUGGGAUACGUAAGGACAGAACAGACUGUUGGAGGGUGUUCUGUGGGAUACGUACGGACAGAACAGACUGUUGGAGGGUGUUCUGUGGGAUACGUAAGGACAGAACAGACUGUUGUUUAUCACUUCAGUUUGGCUGGUGGAGGCCGUUGGCUCUACUAGGAGAGAAAAGGAAUACGUGAAGAAAAUUAAGUGGGGCUUGAUGCAUUACUCUGUAGCCCUGCAUGGGAAGGCCUAUGGGGCUUGAUGCAUUACUCUGUAGCCCUGCAUGGUAAGGCCUAUGGGGCUUGAUGCGUUACUCUGUAGCCCUGCAUGGUAAGGCCUAUGGGGCUUGAUGCGUUACUCUGUAGCCCUGCAUGGGAAGGCCUAUGGGGCUUGAUGCGUUACUCUGUAGCCCUGCAUGGUAAGGCCUAUGGGGCUUGAUGCAUUACUCUGUAGCCCUGCAUGGUAAGGCCUAUGGGGCUUGAUGCAUUACUCUGUAGCCCUGCAUGGUAAGGCCUAUGGGGCUUGAUGCAUUACUCUGUAGCCCUGCAUGGUAAGGCCUAUGGGGCUUGAUGCAUUACUCUGUAGCCCUGCAUGGUAAGGCCUAUGGGGCUCGAUGCAUUACUCUGUAGCCCUGCAUGGUAAGGCCUAUGGGGCUUGAUGCAUUACUCUGUAGCCCUGCAUGGUAAGGCCUAUGGGGCUCGAUGCAUUACUCUGUAGCCCUGCAUGGUAAGGCCUAUGGGGCUUGAUGCAUUACUCUGUAGCCCUGCAUGGGAAGGCCUAUGGGGCUCGAUGCAUUACUCUGUAGCCCUGCAUGGUAAGGCCUAUGGGGCUUGAUGCAUUACUCUGUAGCCCUGCAUGGUAAGGCCUAUGGGGCUUGAUGCAUUACUCUGUAGCCCUGCAUGGUAAGGCCUAUGGGGUGAAUAAUGUUUUCUCAUUGUAGCCCUGUUCCUCUCUGCUACCCUUCUAGAACAUAUGUUCCUCUCUACUACCCUUCUAGAACAUCUGUUCCUCUCUGCUACCCUUCUAGAACAUCUGUUCCUCUCUGCUACCCUUCUAGAACAUAUGUUCCUCUCUGCUACCCUUCUAGAACAUCUGUUCCUCUCUGCUACCCUUCUAGAACAUCUGUUCCUCUCUGCUACCCUUCUAGAACAUCUGUUCCUCUCUGCUACCCUUCUAGAACAUCUGUUCCUCUCUGCUACCCUUCUAGAACAUCUGUUCCUCUCUGCUACCCUUCUAGAACAUCUGUUCCUCUCUGCUACCCUUCUAGAACAUCUGUUCCUCUCUGCUACCCUUCUAGAACAUCUGUUCCUCUCUGCUACCCUUCUAGAACAUCUGUUCCUCUCUGCUACCCUUCUAGAACAUCUGUUCCUCUCUGCUACCCUUCUAGAACAUCUGUUCCUCUCUGCUACCCUUCUAGAACAUCUGUUCCUCUCUGCUACCCUUCUAGAACAACUGUUCCUCUCUGCUACCCUUAUAGAACAUAUGUUCCUCUCUGCUACCCUUCUAGAACAUCUGUUCCUCUCUGCUACCCUUCCUCCUCCUGGGUGACAGGAACGCUCGCAUCUCUGAUCUGUGCUUUCUCUCCACCACGCCCCCUCACACUCUUUUAAUUUAGCAGAAAACCAACAAUUGAAUGAAACUAUCCUGCUCCAGGGUCAUUAAACCUGGCCCUCUGGUUUCACACCCCGCUUGUUUGAGACUUUGUUCACAACUUGAUUUUGAAGUGGAAGGGAGUGGGGAGAGAGGGGUAGGCUAGCACAUGUUGGUACAUCCUCCACCCGCUCCGUUCUCCUCCAUGUUGUGCUCUAGAGCGUGUGAUGAUGUGGUGCUACCUCCUCCAUGUGGUGCUAAACUCUAGUUGAUGUGGUGCUACCUCCUCCAUGUUGUGCUACCUCCUCCAUGCUGUGUUAAACUCUAGAUGAUGUGGUGCUACCUCCUCCAUGUGGUGUUAAACUCUAGAUGAUGUGGUGCUGCCUCCUCCAUGUGGUGUUAAACUCUAGAUGAUGUGGUGCUACCUCCUCCAUGUGGUGUUAAACUCUAGAUGAUGUGGUGCUACCUCCUCCAUGUUGUGUUAAACUCUAGAUGAUGUGGUGCUGCCUCCUCCAUGUGGUGUUAAACUCUAGAUGAUGUGGUGCUACCUCCUCCAUGUGGUGUUAAACUCUAGAUGAUGUGGUGCUACCUCCUCCAUGUGGUGUUAAACUCUAGAUGAUGUGGUGCUACCUCCUCCAUGUGGUGUUAAACUCUAGAUGAUGUGGUGCUACCUCCUCCAUGUGGUGUUAAACUCUAGAUGAUGUGGUGCUACCUCCUCCAUGUGGUGUUAAACUCUAGAUGAUGUGGUGCCACCUCCUCCAUGUGGUGUUAAACUCUAGAUGAUGUGGUGCUACCUCCUCCAUGUGGUGCUGCCUCCUCCAUGUGGUGUUAAACUCUAGAUGAUGUGGUGCUACCUCCUCCAUGUGGUGUUAAACUCUAGAUGAUGUGGUGCUACCUCCUCCAUGUUGUGUUAAACUCUAGAGCGUGUGACGAUGUGGUGCUACCUCCAGAGGUUAGUGGAGGAGAGAGGGGGAGGCACACGUUACUAUAUCCUCCACCUUCUCCCGCUCAGGUCUUUUGUUGUUAGUUGGCGUGUGGCGCUAACCUUCUGAGGUGCUGACUGAUGUUUAGUCAUCUCAUGUUAGUGGGGAAGUGAACUAUGAGCUUCUCUCACCACCUCUGCUUUUCUGAGUCGGCUUACAGCUCUAGAUUUAAAGCUGGUAACAAGCAAACUGGAAAUCGAGAGCCGUUUACAGACGAACCCUGUGUUUUGUCUCUCUUCUCCUAUUUCUCUAGCACAUUUUUUUCUAUAGAGGUGCUCAACAAUGCACUCAGUACUCUGCUACAAUCCCCAGCCGUUUUCUGGUUGGUUACACCAUGACCGUUAUAAUUUUAAGCAACACAAAGACUGUGCACUGUCCAUUCAAGACCGUGUACGCAGGUUGAUAAAAUGAAAAAUCCUCAGCAUUUUUGUUUAAAGUGAAGGGUACCCCAGCCCAGUGCAAUAACUUCCCUUAGUGCCAUGCAGCUGUGAGAUGUGUUAAAAUAUUAUUAGUAUCUGCUUUAGCCUGCCUGGAGUACCAGAUGGGCGGGGUUUUGCAGUUUUGCGAGUAUUCUAUUGGUUCCAUUGCGCCAAUCAAACCCAGAUAAAGUAUUUUAAAUGAUUUUGAAUAGUGUUUGAACGAAUGGCUGUGAACGCGGUGGGGGGUCAGAGAGCCUGGCGGUGGUUGGCUGCUGGGACCUAGUACAGACUAGGGAUAUAAACUCUUUUAAAACCUUCCCAGUCAGUGGGCCUUAGUAACUGUAAUGGGAGGAAUUAAGAACAGAUUGUGCAGAGGGCACACUAGCCUGCCAUGGCAGGGUUAACCAAUCCACUUGCUGAGGGCAAUUGAUUGGUCGACAUUUUUAAACGUGUAUUUUUCCAUAUAUAGACACACCCUAUGUGUUUUUGAAUAAAAUCAACUAUAUGCAUUGAGCUUGAUGCUGAUGCUUUAAGUUUACGGUUUGAUGAAAUAAGACAAAUGCCUCGAGAGCACCAGAGAAUAAAAAAAAAAACGUAACCUGACCCAACCAUCCUCCUCCCGCUCCUGCUGGCUUUCUCAGAUUCUGCCGUUACUCUCCUGAAGUUGCCGGUGAUAGGCUACACGAGGAGUCGGCAACAUUCUCAUGUGGAAUGCCAAUUUAUCUUACCGUUUCUACCGAUCUGCGUGCCAGUGAUGGUUUUCAUAUGCACAUGUUCGUGAAACGGUUUAAUUUAAUUGAUAAUAACGUCUUCAUAUCUCUAAAUCAUUGUAAUGUGGUUAAUCAAGAUUCGAUCCAAAUCUAAAUGAAAAUGAUACAAACCUAAAAAGUAACUUCUAUUGCCAACUAUGUAAAAAUAGCCUCCAUAAAGCCAACAAAUAAAAACAUUGCAGCCUGCAGAUAGAAAAUAUCCUAAAACAAAAUAAUACAAAAAAAAUAUCUCAUUGGCUACACAUGGCCUGUCUGCAACGAACUUGAAACAUUGUAUCAACUAUUAACUUUGGUCCGGCCCAAAGCUUGUUCUAGCUUACUUGCAACAUUGUAUAAAAUAUUCUGGGCCCUCAGAGUUUCCCCGCCAGUGAGCUCGGGACAGACACAGCCGUAGGCUGUUUGCACAAGGGAUAAGAAGCAGUGCUUGACUUGGGCUGGAGCUCACCGGAGCUGAGUACCGGCACCUCAAAAUGUUCUACUGCUUGAACUCCUGUUCUUUAUAGAAUAUUAGCUCAAAAGUACUGUGGAGCUCCUGCACCUAAAAUCUAGACAGUACCAGCACCCAAAAUUAGUACCGGAACCUAUUUCAGUCCAAGUCAAGCACUGAUAAGACGUAAUCAGGUAGGCCUAUUUUAUGACGUUUCCACUGGAUCAGAGCAUUACAUUUUUCCCUGUCACGCUGAGUGGUUAUCGAAAGGGAGAGAGAGCUGGAAAUAUUUUUCUAAUAUAUUAAGGAACUAUUGUCAUUCUCAAUGGAUGUAAAAACAGACUUUGUUUGCUUGCUGUUUUUGAGGUGAAGAAAACCAUUACUUUGAGAAGCGCCACAGCUCAUUAGGGGUGGUGCGUUAAGCCAAUCAGAAAUACUAUCAGAUCCCCAAAUGGACACAUUUAUGCGCCUACCAUUUGAGCGCAGGCCAGGUAGACUAUAGACCUACUUCUAUGCGUGUGCGUCCUUACUCAACAUUGACAGGAGCGCUCCAAACAAAAGACAAUGUCUAAAUUUGACAAAACUCAUAAAUGUAAUGAAAUAAACAAACUUGUUUCUCACAAGUGUAGCAGGUUGCGCGCUCUGCAAACAAUGUGUCCACUCCGACAAUGAGAACAGGAAGACUGGAAUAAUAAUAUUGAAUGCAUUAAAAUAAAUUAACAUAACCAACGUAACAAACAUUGUAAAUUAGGAAUUGUUACAACAUUUCGGAGGCGCAUGGCGAUGCGGUACGGAACUCUAUUUGGCCUCUGCAUGCCUCCGGAGGCUCCGCAAUUGCGUCACACCUUCCAUACAGAGCCUGGCUUUUAGUCUAGGCCUCCUCCGCAAUGGAUUAGUUCACUGAGGUGUGCAGUGCAUUCGGAAAGUGUUCAGAGCCCAUGACUUUUUCCACAUUUUGUUACGUUACAGCCUUAUUCUAAAAUGGAUUAAAAUAUUAUAAUUUUUUCUCAUAAAUCUACACACAAUACCUCAUAAUGACAAAGCAAAAACAUGUUUUUAGAAAUGUUGGCCAAUAAAAAUAAGAAAAAUAAGAAAUACCUUAUUUACAAGUAUUCAGACCCUUUGCUAUGAAAUUGAGCUCAUGUUCAUCCUGUUUCCAUUUAUCAUCCUUGAGAUGUUUCUACAACUUGAUUGGAGUCCACCUGUGGUAAAUUAAAUUGAUUGGAAAUGAUUUGGAAAGGCACACACCUGUCUAUUUAAGGUCCCACAGUUGACAGUGCAUGUUAGAGCAAAAACCAAGCCAUGAGGUCGAAGGAAUUGUCCAUAGAGCUCCGAGACAGGAUUGUGUCGAGACACAGAUCUGGGGAAGGGUACCAAAAAAUGUCUGCAGCAUUGAAGAUCCCCAAGAACACAGUGGCCUCCAUCAUUCUUAAAUGGAAGAAGGUUGGAACCAUCAAGACUCUUCCUAGACAGAAGCCACUCCUCAAUAAAAGGCACAUGACAGCCCGCUUCGAGUUUGCCAAAAGGCACCUAAAGCACUGUCAGACCAUGAGAAACAAGAUUCUCUGGUCUGAUGAAACCAAGAUUGAACUCUUUGGGCUGAAUGCCAAGCGUCAUGUCUGGAGGAAACCUGGCACCAUCCCUACGGUGUAGCAUGGGGGUGGCAGCAUCAUGCUGUGGGGAUGUUUUUCAGCGGCAGGGACUGGGAGACUAGUCAGGAUCGAGGGAAAGAUGAAUGGAGCAAAGUACAGAGAGAUCCUUGAUGAAAAACUGCUCCAGAGCGCUCAGGACCUCAGACUGGGGUGAAGGUUCACCUUCCAACAGGACAACAACCCUAAGCACACAACCAAGAUAAUGUGGUCCUCUGUAGCUCAGCUGGUAGAGCACGGCGCUUGUAACGCCAAGGUAGUGGGUUCGAUCCCCGGGACCACCCAUACACAAAAAAAAUAAAAAUAAAAAUGUAUGCACGUAUGACAGUAAGUCGCUUUGGAUAAAAGCGUCUGCUAAAUGGCAUAUUAUAUUAUAUUAUAUUAUAUUAUAUUAUAAUGGUCCUCUGUAGCUCAGCUGGUAGAGCACGGCGCUUGUAACGCCAAGGUAGUGGGUUCGAACCCGGGACCAACCCAUACAAAAAAAAUUUAUUUAUGCCAACCGCAUGACUGUAAGUCGCUUUGGAUAAAAAGCGUCUGCUGAAUGGCAUAUUAUUAUUUAUUAUUAUAAUGCAGGAGUGGCUUCGGGACAAGUCCUGGCACAGGACUUUAACCUCCUCCCUGUAGGCUGUCUCGUUGUUGUUGGAAAUCAGGCCUACCACUGUCAUGUCAUCAGAAAACUUGAUUGAGAUGGAGUCGUUCUUGGCCACGCAGUCAUGGGUGAACAGGGAGUACAGGAGAGGGAUGAGCACGCACCCCUGGGGGGCCCCCGUGUUGAGGAUCAGUGUGGCGGAGGUUCCAACUUCAAAUCGUCAGGAUUAUGUCUAGUCGUAGAGUGGAAUAAAACUCUGUUUAUAUCAUAAAGUGAUAGCAUUGUUUCCCUAAAUUGAUAAUCCUAUCGUUGGCGCUAAAGUUAUAGUUAAUUUUUCUGUUGCGGUGUAGCUAUGUCUACAUGAACAGGUCUAGUGAAGGAGCUGAAGGUAGUUCUCUCUCUCUCUCUGCUUUGCAUGCUGAAACCCUGGCUAACAAAAAAAUCUCACAGGGAUAUGCUACUUCUCCCCUUCCUGUUUUUGUACCAGAAACUUAUUAUGUACUGUAUUGUACAACCUACCAUUUCAGAUCUGAAAUUGUAAUAAAAAAAGUUUAGAUUCCAAAUGUGUGAUGUGUUCUAGAUUGUUUCACUUUAAUGCCAUUGCUUUGUGGGUAUCUAGAUUUCUUUCACGAUUCCACACCAUGCUGUUCAAAUACCUUAACAAAUCACUACUAUCAAUUGUUAUCAGAUGGUGUUGCUGAGAUGUAUAGUUUCACCGCUAACCUAUAAUACAAUAGGUCUGCUCCUCUAUCAGAUGGUGUUGCUGAACGUGUUUCAAUGUUGUAGUACUGUCGUAUAUCUUCCUCCGUGUGGCGUGUUUCGACUCUGUCAUGCUUCAUACCUCUCUCCCAGGUGGUAACCGUCCAGUCCAGGUGAUCAUCACAGAGUCUGGUAACCAGCCCAACUCCCACCCCAUCCAGUGGAACGCCCCGCCCUCCACACACAUCACACAGUACAUUCUCAAGUGGAGAGUGGUGAGUAGUAGUGUAUAUUAUAUUAUAUUAUAUUAUAUUAUCUGUAUAGUAGUGUAUAGAUUUAGGAAAAUCUGCGUUUUGUUUUUUUGCCCGUAAUUUGUGGAACAAUCUGCAGAGUUCACUGCAGUAAAAUGUGCUGGUGCCUCUCGGGCAGUUUAAAUGAUUGAUUGAGGACCUGUUUAAUGUGAUCUCUUUUAUUAAAUAUGUUUAUUGUGUGCUGAAUUAUAUUGUUUUAUACACGUAUGUUUUAUUAUUCUGUUUUUAUUGUAAUGUAUACAGGGCUCUUGUAAAAUAGAUUUUUAAUCUCAUUGUGACUCCCUGUUUAAAUAAAGGUAUUACAUUAUUAUAAAAAAAAAAAAAUCUGUAUAGUAGUGUAUUAUCUGUAUAGUAUUGUAUUAUCUGUAUAGUAUUGUAUUAUCUGUAUAGUAGUGUAUAUUAUCUGUAUAGUAGUGUGUAUUAUCUGUAUAGUAGUGUGUAUUAUCUGUAUAGUAGUGUGUAUUAUCUGUAUAGUAGUGUGUAUUAUCUGUAUAGUAGUGUGUAUUAUCUGUAUAGUAGUGUGUAUUAUCUGUAUAGUAGUGUGUAUUAUCUGUAUAGUAGUGUGUAUUAUCUGUAUAGUAGUGUAUUGUAUUAUCUGUAUAGUAGUGUAUUGUAUUAUCUGUAUAGUAGUGUAUUGUAUUAUCUGUAUAGUAGUGUAUUGUAUUAUCUGUAUAGUAGUGUAUUGUAUUAUCUGUAUAGUAGUGUGUAUUAUCUGUAUAGUAGUAUAUAUUAUCUGUAUAGUAGUGUGUAUCUGUAUAGUAGUGUGUAUUAUCUGUAUAGUAGUGUGUAUUAUCUGUAUAGUAGUGUAUUGUAUUAUCUGUAUAGUAGUGUAUUGUAUUAUCUGUAUAGUAGUGUAUUGUAUUAUCUGUAUAGUAGUGUGUAGUAUCUGUAUAGUAGUGUAUUGUAGUAUCUGUAUAGUAGUGUAUUGUAGUAUCUGUAUAGUAGUGUGUAUUAUCUGUAUAGUAGUAUAUAUUAUCUGUAUAGUAGUGUAUUGUAUUAUCUGUAUAGUGGUGCAUUGUAUUAUCUGUAUAGUAGUGUAUUGUAUUAUCUGUAUAGUAGUGUAUUGUAUAGUAGUGUAUUGUAUUAUCUGUAUAGUAGUGUAUUGUAUUAUCUGUAUAGUAGUGUAUUGUAUUAUCUGUAUAGUAGUGUAUAUUAUCUGUAUAGUAGUGUAUUGUAUUAUCUGUAUAGUAGUGUAUUAUCUGUAUUGUAGUAUCUGUAUAGUAUCUGUAUAGUAGUGUUAUCUGUAUAGUAGUGUAUAUUAUAGUAGUGUAUUGUCUGUAUAGUAGUGUAUUAUCUGUAUAGUAGUGUAUUGUAUUAUCUGUAUAGUAGUGUAUAUUAUAGUAGUGUAUUGUCUGUAUAGUAGUGUAUUAUCUGUAUAGUAGUGUAUUGUAUUAUCUGUAUAGUAGUGUAUUGUAUUAUCUGUAUAGUAUUGUAUUAUCUGUAUAGUAGUGUGUAUUAUCUGCAUAGUAGUGUAUAUUAUCUGUAUAGUAGUGUAUUGUAUUAUCUGUAUAGUAGUGUGUAUUAUCUGUAUAGUAGUGUAUAUUAUCUGUAUAGUAGUGUAUAUUAUCUGUAUAGUAGUGUGUAUUAUCUGUAUAGUAGUGUGUAUUAUCUGUAUAGUAGUGUGUAUUAUCUGUAUAGUAGUGUGUAUUAUCUGUAUAGUAGUGUAUUGUAUUAUCUGUAUAGUAGUGUAUUGUAUUAUCUGUAUAGUAGUGUGUAUUAUCUGUAUAGUAGUGUAUUGUAUUAUCUGUAUAGUAGUGUAUUGUAUUAUCUGUAUAGUAGUGUAUUGUAUUCUCUGUAUAGUAGUGUGUAUCUGUAUAGUAGUGUGUAUUAUCUGUAUAGUAGUGUGUAUUAUCUGUAUAGUAGUGUAUUGUAUUAUCUGUAUAGUAGUGUGUAGUAUUAUCUGUAUAGUAGUAUUAUCUGUAUAGUAGUGUGUAGUAUUAUCUGUAUAGUAGUGUGUAGUAUUAUCUGUAUAGUAGUGUGUAUUAUCUGUAUAGUAGUGUGUAUUAUCUGUAUAGUAGUGUGUAUUAUCUGUAUAGUAGUGUGUAUUAUCUGUAUAGUAGUGUGUAUUAUCUGUAUAGUAGUGUGUAUUAUCUGUAUAGUAGUGUAUUGUAUUAUCUGUAUAGUAGUGUAUUGUAUUAUCUGUAUAGUAGUGUAUUGUAUUAUCUGUAUAGUAGUGUAUUGUAUUAUCUGUAUAGUAGUGUAUUGUAUUAUCUGUAUAGUAGUGUAUUGUAUUAUCUGUAUAGUAGUGUAUUGUAUUAUCUGUAUAGUAGUGUAUUGUAUUAUCUGUAUAGUAGUGUGUAUUAUCUGUAUAGUAGUGUGUAUUAUCUGUAUAGUAGUGUGUAUUAUCUGUAUAGUAGUGUAUUGUAUUAUCUGUAUAGUAGUGUAUUGUAUUAUCUGUAUAGUAGUGUAUUGUAUUAUCUGUAUAGUAGUGUAUUGUAUUAUCUGUAUAGUAGUGUAUUGUAUUAUCCGUAUAGUAGUGUAUUGUAUUAUCCGUAUAGUAGUGUGUAGUAUUAUCCGUAUAGUAGUGUGUAGUAUUAUCCGUAUAGUAGUGUGUAGUAUUAUCUGUAUAGUAGUGUGUAGUAUUAUCUGUAUAGUAGUGUGUAGUAUUAUCUGUAUAGUAGUGUGUAGUAUUAUCUGUAUAGUAGUGUGUAGUAUUAUCUGUAUAGUAGUGUGUAGUAUUAUCUGUAUAGUAGUGUGUAGUAUUAUCUGUAUAGUAGUGUGUAGUAUUAUCUGUAUAGUAGUGUGUAGUAUUAUCUGUAUAGUAGUGUGUAUUGUAUUAUCUGUAUAGUAGUGUGUAGUAUUAUCUGUAUAGUAGUGUGUAGUAUUAUCUGUAUAGUAGUGUGUAGUAUUAUCUGUAUAGUAGUGUGUAGUAUUAUCUGUAUAGUAGUGUGGUAGUAUUAUUGUAUAGUAGUGUGUAGUAUUAUCUGUAUAGUAGUGUGUAGUAUUAUCUGUAUAGUAGUGUGUAGUAUUAUCUGUAUAGUAGUGUGUAGUAUUAUCUGUGUAGUAUUAUCUGUAUAGUAGUGUGUAGUAUUAUCUGUAUAGUAGUGUGUAUCUGUAUAGUAGUGUAUUGUAUUAUCUGUAUAGUAGUGUAUUGUAUUAUCUGUAUAGUAGUGUAUUGUAGUAUCUGUAUAGUAGUGUAUUGUAGUAUCUGUAUAGUAGUGUAUUGUAGUAUCUGUAUAGUAGUGUGUAUUAUCUGUAUAGUAGUGUAUUGUAUUAUCUGUAUAGUAGUGUAUUGUAUUAUCUGUAUAGUAGUGUAUUGUAGUAUCUAUAUAGUAGUGUAUUGUAUUAUCUGUAUAGUAGUGUAUUGUAUAGUAGUGUAUUGUAUUAUCUGUAUAGUAGUGUAUUGUAUUAUCUUUAUAGUAGUGUAUUGUAUUAUCUGUAUAGUAGUGUAUUGUAUUAUCUGUAUAGUAGUGUAUUAUCUGUAUUGUAGUAUCUGUAUAGUAUCUGUAUAGUAGUGUUAUCUGUAUAGUAGUGUAUAUUAUAGUAGUGUAUUGUAUUAUCUGUAUAGUAGUGUAUACUAUAGUAGUGUAUUGUCUGUAUAGUAGUGUAUUAUCUGUAUAGUAGUGUAUUGUAUUAUCUGUAUAGUAGUGUAUUGUAUUAUCUGUAUAGUAUUGUAUUAUCUGUAUAGUAGUGUAGUGUAUUAUCUGUAUAGUAGUGUAGUGUAUUAUCUGUAUUGUAGUGUAUUAUCUGUAUAGUAGUGUAUUGUAUUAUCUGUAUAUUAGUGUAUUGUAUUAUCUGUAUAGUAGUGUAUUGUAUUAUCUGUAUAGUAGUAUCUGUAUAGUAGUGUAUUAUCUGUAUAGUAGUGUAUAUUAUAGUAGUGUAUUGUAUUAUCUGUAUAGUAGUGUAUAUUAUAGUAGUGUAUUGUCUGUAUAGUAGUGUGUAUUAUCUGUAUAGUAGUGUGUAUUAUCUGUAUAGUAGUGUAUUGUAUUAUCUGUAUAGUAGUGUAUUGUAUUAUCUGUAUAGUAGUGUGUAGUAUUAUCUGUAUAGUAGUGUGUAGUAUUAUCUGUAUAGUAGUGUGUAGUAUUAUCUGUAUAGUAGUGUGUAGUAUUAUCUGUAUAGUAGUGUGUAGUAUUAUCUGUAUAGUAGUGUGUAGUAUUAUCUGUAUAGUAGUGUGUAUUAUCUGUAUAGUAGUGUGUAUUAUCUGUAUAGUAGUGUGUAUUGUAUUAUCUGUAUAGUAGUGUGUAGUAUUAUCUGUGUAGUAUUAUCUGUAUAGUAGUGUGUAGUAUUAUCUGUAUAGUAGUGUGUAUCUGUAUAGUAGUGUAUUGUAUUAUCUGUAUAGUAGUGUAUUGUAUUAUCUGUAUAGUAGUGUGUAUUAUAUGUAUAGUAGUGUAUUGUAGUAUCUGUAUAGUAGUGUAUUGUAGUAUCUGUAUAGUAGUGUAUUGUAGUAUCUGUAUAGUAGUUUGUAUUAUCUGUAUAGUAGUAUAUAUUAUCUGUAUAGUAGUGUGUAUUAUCUGUAUAGUAGUGUAUUGUAUUAUCUGUAUAGUAGUGUAUUGUAUUAUCUGUAUAGUAGUGUAUUGUAUUAUCUAUAUAGUAGUGUAUUGUAUUAUCUGUAUAGUAGUGUAUUGUAUAGUAGUGUAUUGUAUUAUCUGUAUAGUAGUGUAUUGUAUUAUCUUUAUAGUAGUGUAUUGUAUUAUCUGUAUAGUAGUGUAUUGUAUUAUCUGUAUAGUAGUGUAUUAUCUGUAUUGUAGUAUCUGUAUAGUAUCUGUAUAGUAGUGUUAUCUGUAUAGUAGUGUAUAUUAUAGUAGUGUAUUGUAUUAUCUGUAUAGUAGUGUAUACUAUAGUAGUGUAUUGUCUGUAUAGUAGUGUAUUAUCUGUAUAGUAGUGUAUUGUAUUAUCUGUAUAGUAGUGUAUUGUAUUAUCUGUAUAGUAUUGUAUUAUCUGUAUAGUAGUGUAGUGUAUUAUCUGUAUAGUAGUGUAUUGUAUUAUCUGUAUAGUAGUGUAUUGUAUUAUCUGUAUAGUAGUGUAUUGUAUUAUCUGUAUAGUAGUGUAUUGUAUUAUCUGUAUAGUAGUGUAUUGUAUUAUCUGUAUAGUAGUAUCUGUAUAGUAGUGUAUUAUCUGUAUAGUAGUGUAUAUUAUAGUAGUGUAUUGUAUUAUCUGUAUAGUAGUGUAUAUUAUAGUAGUGUAUUGUCUGUAUAGUAGUGUGUAUUAUCUGUAUAGUAGUGUGUAUUAUCUGUAUAGUAGUGUAUUGUAUUAUCUGUAUAGUAGUGUAUUGUAUUAUCUGUAUAGUAGUGUGUAGUAUUAUCUGUAUAGUAGUGUGUAGUAUUAUCUGUAUAGUAGUGUGUAGUAUUAUCUGUAUAGUAGUGUGUAGUAUUAUCUGUAUAGUAGUGUGUAGUAUUAUCUGUAUAGUAGUGUGUAGUAUUAUCUGUAUAGUAGUGUGUAGUAUCUGUAUAGUAGUAUAUAUUAUCUGUAUAGUAGUGUGUAUUAUCUGUAUAGUAGUGUGUAUUAUCUGUAUAGUAUUGUAUUAUCUGUAUAGUAUUGUAUUAUCUGUAUAGUAUUGUAUUAUCUGUAUAGUAGUGUAUUGUAUUAUCUGUAUAGUAGUGUGUAGUAUUUGUAUAGUAGUGUGUAGUAUCUGUAUAGUAGUGUAUUGUAGUAUCUGUAUAGUAGUGUAUUGUAGUAUCUGUAUAGUAGUGUAUUGUAGUAUCUGUAUUGUAGUGUGUAUUAUCUGUAUAGUAGUGUGUAUUAUCUGUAUAGUAGUGUAUUGUAUAGUAGUGUAUUGUAUUAUCUGUAUAGUAGUGUAUUGUAUAGUAGUGUAUUGUAUUAUCUGUAUAGUAGUGUUUUGUAUUAUCUGUAUAGUAGUGUAUUGUAUUAUCUGUAUAGUAGUGUAUUGUAUAGUAGUGUAUUGUAUUAUCUGUAUAGUAGUGUUUUGUAUUAUCUGUAUAGUAGUGUAGUGUAUUAUCUGUAUAGUAGUGUAGUGUAUUAUCUGUAUAGUAGUGUAUUGUAUUAUCUGUAUAGUAGUGUAUUGUAUUAUCUGUAUAGUAGUGUAUUGUAUUAUCUGUAUAGUAGUGUAUUGUAUUAUCUGUAUAGUAGUAUCUGUAUAGUAGUGUAUUAUCUGUAUAGUAGUGUAUAUUAUAGUAGUGUAUUGUAUUAUCUGUAUAGUAGUGUAUAUUAUAGUAGUGUAUUGUCUGUAUAGUAGUGUAUUAUCUGUAUAGUAGUGUAUUGUAUUAUCUGUAUAGUAGUGUGUAUUAUCUGUAUAGUAGUGUGUAUUAUCUGCAUAGUAGUGUAUAUUAUCUGUAUAGUAGUGUGUAUUCUGUAUACUAGUGUAUUGUAUUAUCUGUAUAGUAGUGUAUAUUAUCUGUAUAGUAGUGUGUAUUAUCUGUAUAGUAGUGUAUAUUUAUAGUAGUGUAUUAUAUUAUCUGUUGUAUCAAACGUCCCAGGAAGACAGCAGCUGCUGCACUAACCUCUGAAUACUAACCUCUGAAUACUAACCUCUGAAUACUAACCUCUGAAUACUAACCUCUGAAUACUAACCUCUGAAUACUAACCUCUGAAUACUAACCUCUGAAUAUAUAUAUUUACACACCGCUGCCUUACUGUUGAACAAGUUCUGAAAUACCUGUGAACUUCGGGAAAGUGUCUAAACUUUUUGUAACCAUAAUCAAAGUUUUUGUAUACUCUUUUAUGUUUAAUAUGAAUAUUAUAAUGUGGUGGUUCUAAAAUGCGGUUGCUGUGUCUCCUCUCUUGUCUGGUAGAAAAAUACCCGUACCCCGUGGCGGGAGGUGAAUAUCCCGGGCCACCUCAACUCCUACACUAUCGCUGGCCUGAAGCCAGGCAUCACCUACGAGGGUCAGCUGAUCAGUGUGUUGCGCUUCGGGCGCCGGGAGGUCACACGCUUCGACUUCACCACAACACACGGCUCCUGUUAGUAUGGCAAGAUGGGCCUGUUUGACUCUCCUAUGCUCUUUCUCAAUUAAUACUUCCGUUAUUCCUUGUGUUCCUGUCCUUUUGGGUUUUUGGAUCCAAUGCGAGAAAAUAGGACGGGAGGAUUAGAGUAAAAGGGAGAUAUUGUCAUUAUUACGGCUUGGGUCUCUGAGUUUGAGGCUGAAUCUGACGGUGUGAUCUCACUUCCAGUGGCCACCUCGGAGGGAGAGACCAGCCAGCCUCCUCCGGUGGUGGACAUCAGUGAGUCUGUUACAGAGAUCACCUCCAGCAGCUUCGUCAUCUCCUGGAUGUCUGCCUCUGACACCAUGUCUGGCUUCAGGAUCGAGUACGAGCUCAGCGAGGAGGGGCAGGAGAGAGGACAGCCCAUGAUCCUCGGUACGGAACAAAUCACUUUUUUACCACAGAAGAAACGUUUGGGGGAAAAUGUCAAUUAGCUUGAUAGCGUGUGGAAUGUAUUCUGGAAAGCAGGGUUGGGGUCAAUUUCAAUUCAGAAAUUUUAAUUGAAGUUGCAAUUUUUAAAUCAAAGCAACGAGGAAUUUCAAUUUAACUUCCUGAAUUGACUGAGUCGAAUUGGAAAUUAACCCCAACUCUGAUGGAAAGCUAAUAUCUAUUUUUAAAUGACUAGACUGUGAAACUGAUUUAACCUUAACUCGUCCUAAUCUCUCUCUCUCUCUCUCUCUAGACCUCCCACGCACCGCUACCUCCGUGAACAUCAAUGAUCUGCUACCUGGGAGGAAGUACACUGUUAAUGUGUACGAGGUUACACCUGCUGGAGAGCCCAACCUCAUCCUCACUACCUCUCAGACCACGGGUGGGUUCAGACAGACAGGGAGACAGGCAGACAGGCAGACAGGCAGACAGGCAGACAGACAGGCAGACAGACAGGCAGGCAGACAGGCAGGCAGGCAGGCAGACAGGCAGACAGACAGGCAGGCAGGCAGACAGGCAGACAGACAGGCAGGCAGACAGACAGGCAGACAGGCAGGCAGACAGGCAGGCAGGCAGACAGACGCCCACUACAUACUGCCCUGUACCACCACCUCCAUCUCCUAUCUCUCUAUACUGUAUCUACAGUGCAUUGGGAAAGUAUUCAGACCCCUUCCCUUUUUCCAUAUUUUGUUACGUUACAGCCUUAUUCUAAAAUUGAUUAAAUAAAUAAAAAUCCUCGCCAAUCAUUUUACAUUUACAUUUUUGUAAUUUAGCAGACGCUCUUAUCCAGAGCGACUUACAAUUAGUGAGUGCAUACAUUAUUUUUUAUUUUUCAUACUGGCCCCCCGUGGGAAACGAACCCACAACCCUGGCGUUGCAAACGCCAUGCUCUACAAUCAACACACAAUACCCCAUAUUGACAAAGCGAAAGGUUUUUAGAAAUGUUUGCACAUUUUAUUCAAUAUGAAUAACUGAAAUACCUUAUUUACAUAAGUAUUCAGACCCUUUGCUAUGAGACUCGAAAUUGAGCUAGGUGCAUCCUGUUUCCAUUCAUCAUCCUUGAGAUGUUUCUACAACUUGAUUGGAGUCCACAUGUGGUAAAUUUAAAUUGAUUUGACAUGAUUUGGAAAGGCACACACCUGUCUAUAUAAGGUGCCACAGUUGACCGCGCAAAAACCAAGCCAUGAGGUCGAAGGAAUUGUCCGUAGAGCUCCGAGACAGGAUUGUGUCGAGGCACAGAUCUGGGGAAGGGUACCAAAACAUGUCUGCAGUAUUGAAGGUCCCCAAGAACACAGUGGCCUCCAUCAUUCUUAAAUGGAAGAAGUUUGGAGCCACCAAGACUCUUCCUAGAGCUGGCCGCCCGGCCAAACUGAGCAAUCGGGGGAGAAGUGCCUUGGUCAGGGAGGUGACCAAGAACCCGAUGGUCACUUUGGCAGAGCUCCAGAGUUCCUCUGUGGAGAUAGGAAAACCUUCCAGAAGGACAACCAUCUCUGCAGCACUCCACCAAUCAGGCCUUUAUGGUAGAGUGGCCAGACGGAAGCCACUCCUCAGUAAAAGGCACAUGACAGCCCGCUUGGAGUUUUCCAAAAGGCACCUAAAGACUCUCAGACCAUGAGAAACAAGAUUCUCUAGUUUGAUGAAACCAAGAUUGAACUCUUUGGCCUGAAUACCAAGCGUCACAUCUGGAAGAAACCUGGCACCAUCCCUUCGGUGAAGAAUGGUGGUGGCAGCAUCAUGCUGUGGGGAGGUUUUUCAGCGGCAGGGACUGGGAGACUAGUCAGGAUCGAGGGAAAGAUGAACGGAGAAAAGUACAGAGAGAUCCUUGAUGAAAACCUGCUCCAGAGCGCUCAGGACCCCAGACUGGGGCGAAGGUUCACUUUUCAACAGGAUAACAACUCUAAGCACACAGUCAAGACAACACAGGAGUGGCUUUGGGACAAGUCUCUGAAUGUCCUUGAGUGGCCCAGCCAGAGCCCAGACUUGAACCCGAUCGAACAUCUCUGGAGAGACCUGAAAAUAGCUGUGCAGAGACACUCCUCAUCCAACCUGACAGAGCUUGAGAGGAUCUGCAGAGAAGAAUGGGAGAAACUCCCCAAAUAAAGGUGUGCCGAGCUUGUAGGGUCAUACCCAAGAAGACUCGAGGCUGUAAUCGCUGCCAAAGGUGCUUCAACAAAGUACUGAGUAAAGUGUCUGAAUACUUAUGUAAAUGUGAUAUUUCUAUUUAAUUUUGCCACAUUUCAACAACAAAAAAACAUUAUUUUAUCAAUUUUAGAAUAAGGCUGUAACGUAACAAAAAAAAGUGAAGGGGUCUGAAUACUUCCUGAAUGGUAUAACUGACAUUUCCUCUUCCUGUCCCCCAGCUCCUGACGCGCCCUCUGACCACGAGGUGGACGAGGUGGGAGAGACUUCCAUCACGGUCAGCUGGGAGAAACCCCUGGCUCCCAUCACAGGUCAGUACACACCCAGAGGCUAUGUUUACACAGGCAGCCCAGCUGGGAGAAACCCCUGGCUCCUAUCACAGGUCAGUACACACCCAGAGGCUAUGUUUACACAGGCAGCCCAGCUGGGAGAAACCCCUGGCUCCUAUCACAGGUCAGUACACACCCAGAGGCUAUGUUUACACAGGCAGCCCAGCUGGGAGAAACCCCUGGCUCCUAUCACAGGUCAGUACACACCCAGAGGCUAUGUUUACACAGGCAGCCCAGCUGGGAGAAACCCCUGGCUCCUAUCACAGGUCAGUACACACCCAGAGGCUAUGUUUACACAGGCAGCCCAGCUGGGAGAAACCCCUGGCUCCUAUCACAGGUCAGUACACACCAAUUAUUGGUAAAAGAUCUGAUCUGAUCUGGUCAAAAAAAUAACAAUAAUUGAGGCAAAAGAUCAGAAUUAGGCUGCCUGUGUAAAAGCAGCCAGAGAUCCUUCCAGGAGACUGCUGAGUGAAUGGGGUCUUUCCUCACCCCAAUUAUGUCCAUGGAGACACACAUAUUCCACGUUAAUCAACUGAAUGAUAAUGUUACAAAAGGCUCAACAAGUUAGUUAGUUAGUUAGUUAGCCCCCCAUCCAAAAAUACUAAGGCAGUGGGAAUCUUACUAGAUUGGCGAUGUUAAAAGGUCUGUAUUGAAUUGCCAGACAUCUCCAUGUAGGGAAAGUAAUGAAGGUAAUGAAGGAUAACGUAUCUCCUCUCCUAUAGGCUACCGUGUGAGCUACACGCCGUCCGUAGAGGGCAGAAACAACGGAGCUGCAACGGAGCUGACCCUGCCAGACACGGUGACCUCUGUGACCUUGAGUGACCUUCGACCCGGCCUGCUCUACAACAUCAGUAUCUACGCAGUAGAGGACAGUCUGGAGAGUGAGCCUGUCUUUGUACAGGUCAACACUGCUGGUGACCCACUGCCAGGUACGUGUGUGUGUGUGUGUGUGUGUGUGUGUGUGUGUGUGUGUGUGUGUGUGGAGAGGUACUGGAUUUCCUCAACUCUAGCCACA